GGAAACACCUGUAAUCAAAGAUGAAUUUUAUGACAAUAAUCGCUGUUGCUGCGUGCGUCCUUGCACCAAGUGCUUAUUGUGACUCAUCCACGGUCGAGUGGUGCUACCAUGACCCAGACUGCAGUGAAAGCACCUGGCCGAGCCUCGCUGCGCUGCACUGCAACGGGACGCGUCAGUCGCCCAUCAACAUCGUGUCUGGCAGCGCGACGGAGGACGAAAACCUGACGGAGUUCACCUUCGAGGGAUAUAACAGCAAAUCCGCCUUGGAGAGAAUUGAGAAUACAGGGGAUACUGUCAAAGUGACCUUCACUACUGGAGUCAAGAUCUCAGGAGGAGGCCUGUCUGAGAGCUACGACAGCCUGCAGUUCCACCUUCACUGGGGAAACGGGACGGCCGAGCCCGGAUCGGAGCAUACUGUGGACGGCAAGCGCUUCCCCAUGGAGCUUCACAUUGUAAACACCAAGUCGACUUACAGCCGGAACACCACCCUCGCUGUGAAGGAUUCUGAAGGACUCGCUGCUCUCGGUUUCUUGAUUGAGGAGCUGACAGGUGUAGAUGAUCAGCCAGCGAGCUGGAAGACUUUGACCUCCUACUUGACAAGCAUCUCAAAUACUGGCGAGAAGAUCACAAUCCAAGGUGAUCUUUCUCUAGACGAUCUCCUCUCUGGCGUGAACCGAUCCAAUUACUACCGCUACCUCGGCUCCCUGACCACUCCGGUCUGUAACGAGGCCGUAGUUUGGACCGUGUUCAAGGAACCGAUUAAAGUCAGCAAAAACCUGAUCGACCUCUUCAGCUCCAGCGUGUACAUCAAAAACUCCACUUCUCUGAUGGUUCAUGUGUAUCGAAGCACCCAGCCGUCUCAGCCGGUCUCAACGCAGCCCAAGGCAAGCUCCUCCACCAAAUCUGGCUACUCUCUGGCUCUGAUGACCUUUGCCCUCAUAAUGGCAAGAUAUUAAAACAAAAGCUGAGGUGGAAGGUCAACUUUUGGAUAAAACAUGCAUAAAGUGCCAAACCUCAUGUUGCCGUUUUUGUAUGUGUGUAGAGUGAAAAGACUUGCCUGUCUUGAACUAACCAUGCGACACAAAUGCACCAGUUGUUUUUUUUACUUGUUUAUUCUUGUUGUGGUUCUUGUUGCACUUUGCAGAAACGUCUGCGUGUUUAAAUUGCACUAAAAUGGAACCUGAAGCAGUUUUAAGUUUGUGAUGAAGGUUUAAGGUGUAACUCCGAUUUAGGAAGAAGUUGUUUGUUCUCUGGCAUGAUCCGCACAUUGUAGUGAAGAUAAAAACCUU